GCACCUUGCGGUAGGCAGGGAGCAGCAGCCGCGGCGGCAGCGAGGGGCUAGUGCACACCCAGCCAGGGAGACUUAGGGAACCACGGACGGACGGACCGACGGACGGAGAGGACCCUCCCCAGCGCCCCCCGAGCCAUGGCCGAGAGAAAGCAAUCUGGGAAGGCGGCAGAGGACGAAGAGGUCCCUGCCUUUUUCAAAAACCUGGGCUCGGGCAGUCCCAAGCCGCGGCAGAAAUUCUGCGGCAUGUUCUGCCCGGUGGAAGGGUCCUCGGAGAACAAGACCAUUGAUUUCGAUUCGCUUUCGGUGGGCCGGGGCUCGGGGCAGGUGGUGGCUCAGCAGCGGGAUGUCGCCCACUUGGGCCCUGACCCGCACCGGCAGAGCCGGCGUGGCAGCGGGGAGCCAUCUGUUGAAUCGGGCCGGAAGGUGGAGAUCCGGCGAGCCUCGGGCAAGGAAGCCCUGCAGAACAUCUACGAUCAGAGUGAUCGCCUUCUGAUCAAAGGUGGCAAGAUUGUGAAUGAUGACCAGUCCUUUUAUGCAGACAUAUACAUGGAAGAUGGGUUGAUCAAGCAAAUAGGAGAAAACCUGAUUGUGCCAGGAGGAGUGAAGACCAUUGAGGCCCAUUCCAGGAUGGUGAUCCCAGGAGGAAUUGAUGUGCACACUCGUUUCCAGAUGCCCGACCAGGGAAUGACGUCAGCUGAUGACUUCUUCCAGGGAACCAAGGCAGCCCUGGCUGGGGGAACCACCAUGAUCAUUGACCACGUUGUUCCUGAGCCCGGGACAAGCCUACUGGCUGCCUUUGAUCAAUGGAGGGAGUGGGCUGACAGCAAGUCCUGCUGUGACUAUUCCCUGCACGUGGACAUCACUGAGUGGCACAAGGGUAUCCAGGAGGAGAUGGAAGCUCUGGUGAAGGACCACGGGGUAAACUCUUUCCUCGUGUACAUGGCUUUCAAAGAUCGAUUCCAGCUGACAGAUUCCCAGAUCUAUGAAGUACUGAGUGUGAUCCGGGAUAUCGGUGCCAUAGCUCAAGUCCACGCAGAGAAUGGCGACAUCAUUGCAGAGGAACAGCAGAGGAUCCUGGAUCUGGGCAUCACAGGCCCUGAGGGACAUGUGCUGAGCCGACCAGAGGAGGUCGAGGCUGAAGCUGUUAACCGCUCCAUCACCAUUGCCAAUCAGACCAACUGCCCCCUGUAUGUCACCAAAGUGAUGAGCAAGAGCGCGGCUGACGUCAUCGCCCAAGCACGGAAGAAGGGUACUGUGGUGUAUGGUGAGCCCAUCACUGCCAGCUUGGGGACUGAUGGUUCUCAUUAUUGGAGUAAGAACUGGGCCAAGGCUGCUGCUUUUGUCACCUCCCCACCCUUGAGCCCCGACCCAACCACUCCAGACUUUCUCAACUCCUUGCUGUCCUGUGGAGAUCUGCAGGUCACUGGCAGUGCCCACUGUACCUUCAACACUGCUCAGAAGGCUGUGGGGAAGGACAACUUCACCCUGAUUCCUGAGGGCACCAAUGGCACAGAGGAGCGAAUGUCUGUCAUCUGGGACAAAGCCGUGGUCACCGGGAAGAUGGAUGAGAACCAGUUUGUGGCUGUGACUAGCACCAAUGCUGCCAAAGUCUUCAACCUUUACCCCCGGAAAGGUCGCAUCGCAGUGGGAUCUGACGCAGACUUGGUCAUCUGGGACCCUGAUAGUGUGAAGACUAUCUCUGCCAAGACGCACAACAGUGCUCUUGAGUAUAACAUCUUUGAAGGCAUGGAGUGUCGUGGCUCCCCGCUGGUAGUCAUCAGCCAGGGCAAGAUUGUCUUGGAGGACGGCACGCUUCAUGUCACUGAAGGCUCAGGACGCUACAUCCCCCGGAAGCCCUUCCCUGACUUUGUGUACAAGCGCAUCAAGGCAAGGAGCAGGCUGGCCGAGCUGAGAGGGGUCCCUCGUGGCCUGUAUGAUGGACCAGUAUGCGAGGUGUCUGUGACACCCAAGACGGUCACCCCGGCCUCAUCAGCUAAGACAUCCCCUGCGAAGCAGCAGGCACCACCUGUUCGGAACCUGCACCAGUCUGGAUUCAGCUUGUCUGGUGCUCAGAUUGAUGACAACAUUCCCCGCCGCACCACUCAGCGUAUUGUGGCGCCCCCUGGCGGCCGUGCCAACAUCACCAGCCUGGGCUAAAGCCCCUUGGUCUGCAGGCCACAUGGGGUCGGGGGAUGGGACACCUGAGGACAUUCUGAGACUUCCUUCCUUCCUUCCUUUUUUUUUUUUAAAGAGCCUGUGAUAGUUGCUGUGGGCAGCCAGUUCCUGGGGCUUCCUCUUGGGCCCCCACGCUCGGUCUCCCCUUGGAGUUUCUGAAUUCGCUCACCCAAGUCCCUACACAGUUAUGAACACACCCAAGCCUAGCCACCCACCCCACACGGAGCUGCACCUAACACGCAGACAUGCGCCACCAAGCAGAUCCCAGCGAGGGUGCCCCGUCACACCCUCAGCUAUAGUCAGCACCUUCCUGCCUGGGGAAGAUAUAGUGAAUUGCCCUGAGCUGCCUUCUUUUCUUUUUAAAAAGUUUUUAAAAAGGGGGUUUUCUUUGUGGGGCUGGGGAGGGGUGGGAAGUAGGGGAGGUUUUUUUUUUAAUACUAAAUUGAAAGCCUGAUUCAAUAUUAAUCCACGGGUCUUGAACUGGACAUCCUAAUGAUGCAAAUAUGUAACCGUUAAGCUGAUCCGAGGCUGGCAGGCUGCCGCCGCUGCGGAGAGGCUCCACUCUGUCUACAUCGCCAUCCCUUUCUCUUCCGGGUCAGCUGUUGAGAAGAGGCAGGCUUUCUUCAUUGGCCUAGAUUUCUGCGGCAGAUUAGACCUUUUGAGGGUUCUCUUCACCGUUUUCCUGCAUCUUCUGUUUGUCCUGGCUUUUUCUCGUGCACGCGUGGAGAGUGAGUGGGUGUUGGAUUUUUGCUUUGUUCUUUUCUCUUGCUCCGCAGUCUGCUCUUAAAACCAGGCGUUCUAGUUUGGGCUCAGACAUAGCCAGAGAGGACCCUAGCUUUGUGCCCACGACCAUAGUUUUGUGAUAUCCUGGUUUCUGUUAAGAUCGGUGCUGUCCAAUUCCCAUCAAUAGAUAGAUGUCUGAGUUUGAGGCUUGCCAGACACAAGGAUGGCCCGGAUUAUGUCACCAAUAUUAUCACGUGUGGGCCCAGAAUAGGAGUCACGUGUGCUGUAAAGAUGAGGAAGAAGUAGGCUGUAGAAGUGGCAGAGUCUCUGGUCGAACCAGUAAAUCCAGUCCCCAAACUCACAUGAGCCCAAGUUGGGGCCAGUGUCCCUGUGGGGAACCAACCACGUUGGGGCAGUGUCCCUGAGCUCUACCCGGCUUUUCACAGAAGUGUCUGGGGAUUCUAGAACACUGGGACUCUCUCUCUCUCUCUCUCUCUCUCUCUCUCUCUCUCUCUCUCUCUCUCUCUCUCUCUCUGUGUGUGUGUGUGUGUGUGUAUGUGUGUGUGUGUGUGUAAGGGGAACAUUGUUUUUUCUGUCCAGUUAUUUCAGAAGGUCUAACAUGAUGUGGGAAGUGCUUAUAAGAGUAGAAAUCUUGAAUCUUGGGGAUAAUUAAACUUAAGCCUAUUUUACAAGAGGAAAAGCCCUGUCUUAGGAAACACUAUCUCAUGGAAAGAAAACUGCACAAAUUGAGUGCUUGACCCUUUUAGAGAUCAUGUCACCUCAUGUCUGUCACCCUUCCUCUUCCUGCCAUAGUGACAGCUUCUCACUAGCUGGCUUCUUCCUGUAUUUGCUGACUUCUGUCACAUUUCUUUCCAAAUGUGUUUACAGGUCCGUGUAAGCAGUGUUAGGUCCACAGGCCUUUAUGAAUCCAAUCUGCUGUGUAAAAUGCAGGGCCUCCGAAAACAGUGAUACUUUCAGUGUCCACACAUUUUACCUUUGGGGUUAAUGGUUGGGGUUUUGGUUUGUUGUUGUUAAUUUUUGUUAUUUUAAAGGUAAAUUGCACUUUUAAAAAUUGGUUGACUUCCUGCACUUAGAGAGGAAAUUUGAACAAGUUGGAAAACAUUUUUUUUUGUUAGUUUGAAUUUUGAGAAACACUCGCAGCUCUCCAGUAUUCGCUCGUCUUCUUGCUGUUUCUUGUACGGGGCCGUGGCCCUUUUGCUUGUUCUAGAGGUCAUUUUCUUAAUAACAGAACCAAACCGAACAGUUUCAAACCUGAAGAUUCCCGCAGUCCGUGUAAGCAUGUUUACCUGUCAGCUCGCUCGCUUUCUGUGUCUGUUAAAUGAAUGUCAUGUAAAUGCUAAAAUAAGUCAACAGUGUCUCAGAACUGAAUAACUGCAGUGACUUGAUGCUCUAAAUCGAUGUAGGAUUUACUGCUAGAUGGUUUUUAACCCUUGAACUUGUGAUUGUGACCCAUGAGGGGGGGACCUUUCAGUGCUAAAGCUGAUCAUGUGUGUAGCCAGAAAGGUACUUUUGUUUUUGUUUUUUAAAUUUUUUUGUUUUAUUUUUUGUAACCACUGUCUUAACAGCAAAAUAAUUAUGGUAAAAUACAAGUCUCGUGUUUAUUAUUCCUUAAGAAGAAGUCUGUGUUAUAUUACCACUGAACACCCAAUAAAGCAGAAUGUGGUUGUUUCA